GAAUUCCGACUGAUCUCAUGACUUUUAAAAACAAAAUAUCGCCAACAAGGGACACAGCCAGUGGUACUCAUUUCUUUGAACUUAAUGGAAGAGCAGAUUUUGGUUCGGCUUACCAAGAACCAACAGUGAAUAUGAAUGCUAUCAACAAUGGUCACAUGUGCGUCUUUGAUAUAGAAGUUUAUUCCAUUAAAGUAACUCAGCAGGUGUCAAACUCAACACCACGCGAUGAAACAAUCAUAACUAACCCCUGGCGGGAACCACCUCUUUGGCAUGAACAGAAUUUGCGAUCGUUAAAAGACUUCGUCUCUAACUACAAGCCAUUGCCUGAUAUGAGGAUCUCAGAGGUCAAUAUUUUACUCGUAGGACAGAUCAACGCUGGGAAGUCUAGUUUUUUCAACACUUUGAACUCCAUUUUCCGAGGGGAAAUUUCUUCGCGCGCAUGCGCCGGUACUUCAACACACAGCCUUACAACAACUGUACGUUUUAAUCCCAUGGCGCAUGCCUCUCAACGAGACCCUGGAUUCGUAUCUCACCCAUCCUUUCAGGACAAGAUUCACUGUGUGGCUUUUGUAGUGGACGCCAGUGCCAUUGACGUGCUGCAUGCAGAUGCCUGCAAGCAAGCUCUAGAGAUAGCAGCUGAGGUCAUAGGACUUCCUCGAGGUCACGUAUUUCCGUUAAAAAAUUACGAACAGGAGACUCAACUACAGACAAAUGUCAGCAUUCUGGCUCUGACAGCCAUGAGACAGACGCUAGUGUUUGCGGAUGAUUACCUAGAAGAUCAGUACGAGCUUCAGUCUGACCAAUAG